CACCUGAAUCCCUCCACGUCUACAAUCAUCUUGAAAGGUUUCCACUACUUUCAGCUUCAGGUAGCAGCCCGUUUAAUCUUUGGUAUAUAGCUGUGAACUGCAAGCACGUACCAUAUUACCGCUACAGCUGAAGCGCUGAGGUGAUGCCUGCACUCAACAAGAACAAUUCCGGUGCGCCCACACUAGGACUCUACUUACUUCUGGCUGCAGAUUGACCGGCCCCCCACAUAGCUGUCAAGCGGAUAAUGCAAGAGGCAAGGGAACUUGCAAACGAUCCCUGCACCGAUUAUCAUGCAGCUCCUCUUGAGGAUGAUAUUUUUGAAUGGCAUUGCACACUUCGUGGCCCCGCUGGUACAGAAUUUGAAGGUGGCCUGUAUCAUUUCCGGAUAGUGCUUCCAGCAGAAUACCCCUUCCGUCCGCCUUCUCUGAUGAUGCUUACGCCCAAUGGACGGUUCGAAUUAAAUACCAAGAUAUGCAUCAGCUUUACAAACUAUCAUGAAGAGGAAUGGCAACCUGCAUGGGGUAUUCGCACAGCUAUAAUCGGACUCCAAGGAUUUUUCCCCUUGAAGGGUCAGGCAGCUACUGGUGUUGGUUCUGUCGAAUAUCCCCUCUCGGAACGUAAGCGUCUGGCCCAGUUGUCACGGGAGUGGGUUUGCCCGCAGUGUAAUCAGUGUAAUCUAAAGCAUCUCCCUGAUCCCCAGGAGGGACCAUUGAAGCAUGCAAAUGUACCAUCACCGUCGUCGACCCCGCCUGCCGACACCGCGGAAGUCGAAGUUGUUCAAGACAACCCGGCCGCCCCCGUGGUAUCCACUCCUGUCCGUCAGUCCGAUAGGCUCGGAGAAGAGCGACAAAUUCACAUGCGUGGAACUGCGCAAUUUACGCGUCGUAGUUCACAUCGGCCUCCCCUAAUUCUUGAUACUGCCAUUUGUGUGCUCCUUGUGUUGGUUCUAGCGUUACUCUGUCGUCGAGUUCUGUGA